GGCCGGGCCGGGCCGGUGCAGCUCGGUGACAGUCCCCGAACCCACGCGGGCAGGUGGAGCCGGGACCCCGCGGCCAGAGAAUGGAAGAUCCAGAGGCAGGUAUGGACCUCAGUACUUCUCAGGAUCAGCCCAUGGCUGCAGAAGGGCAGGAGGUUCUGACAGAGUGUAAUCUGAACAGAUCUCAGGAAAUGGAAUGUAUAGAUAAUGUGGAAGAUAUGAAGGAGCAUGAUCAGUCUAACGAAGAAGAAGGAGAUGAUGCCAUUAAAGUGAAAGGGGAAUACAGUGAAAGAGAGGAGAGUGCUUUAAAUGCAGAGCCUAUGGAAAACCCAGAAGAAUCUGAAAUGCCUUACUCCUAUCCCAGAGAAUAUAAUGAAUAUGAAAGCAUUAAACUGGAAAGACAUUCUGGUUCCUAUGACACUGGCAGGCCAGCCAGUGGAAAAAUGAAUUGUGAUGUCUGUGGAUUAGCCUGCAUCAGCCUCAAUGUCUUGAUGGUUCACAAACGUAGCCACACUGGUGAACGGCCAUUCCAGUGUAAUCAGUGCGGAGCUUCCUUUACUCAGAAGGGAAACCUCCUCCGCCACAUUAAACUACACACAGGGGAAAAACCUUUUAAAUGUCAUCUUUGCAGCUAUGCCUGCCAGAGGAGGGAUGCGCUGACAGGUCACUUAAGGACACAUUCUGUGGAGAAGCCAUACAAAUGUGAGUUUUGUGGAAGGAGCUACAAGCAGAGGAGCUCAUUAGAGGAGCACAAGGAGAGGUGCCGUACUUAUUUGCAGAAUGCUGGCACAUAUGAGGCUGCAAGCGUGGAGGGAAGGCACAGCAAGGCAGAGAUGGGGACUGAAAGAGCCCUUGUGCUGGACAGGCUAGCAAGCAACGUGGCAAAGAGAAAAAGCUCAAUGCCUCAGAAAUUUAUUGGUGAGAAACGACACAGCUUUGAUGUUAAUUACAACUCAGGUUUCAUCUACGAAAAGGAAAGCGAGCUCAUGCAGGGCCGGAUGAUGGACCAGGCCAUCAGCAACGCCAUCACCUACCUGGGGGCCGAAGCUUUGCGCCCUUUGGUGCAGCCACCCCCAGCCCCCACCUCCGAGAUGGUGCCCGUCAUCAGCAGCCUCUACCCCAUAGCCCUGACCCGCCCCGAGGCGCCCAACGGCACCGCGCAGGACGCCGAGAAGAGCCACAAGAACUUCUCCUCUGAGAGAGGCCUCUCCCCCAACACCAGCGGCCAAGACUCCACAGACACUGACAGCAACCACGAGGAGAGGCAGAACCCCACCUUCCCUCAGAACCAGGGCAUCCAGGCCCGCAACGGCCUCCAGGCCUUGAAGGAUUUCCCGAGACCUUACGAGAUCAUCAAGCCGCCCGCCAUCUGCCCCCGCGACGCCUUCAAGGUCAUCAACAAGGAAGGGGAAGCCAUCGGGGUCUAUCGCUGCGACCACUGCCGAGUCCUCUUCCUGGAUUACGUGAUGUUCACCAUCCACAUGGGCUGCCACGGAUUCCGGGACCCCUUCGAGUGCAACGUCUGCGGGUACCGCAGCCACGACCGCUACGAGUUCUCCUCACACAUAGCACGAGGAGAGCACCGAGUGGUGCUCAAGUAA